GGAGAGAAAUUGCGCCUGAUAUUAUAUCUCCACCUAUUACGUUCACGCAGGUUAACAGGAAGAUACGUAGGUGGUAAUCUCACGAGCUGACUCUCCAGUUUGGCGUGAACACAGGCUUGAAGGCAGGAUAUGCUGUCUCGUAACAACGCACAAAGCGUGGCUCGUCACAAGGCCAACUUCUUGUCCUCUAUAGCCCCUUAGAAUGGUUACGCCGCACGACACAUCCAACGUCCAUCUCCAUGUUGCUGUCACACGCGCAACCGACGGCGAGAGCUCCUUGGAGGUGGGCUAGAUGCUAGGAUGCACGCCAGCUGCGGCAGCUUGGCAGCGGCGAGGCGUUUUCAGCCCCCAACCAUGAGGGUUCUAGCUUUGCCUCAGGACACCGCUCGGGCUGGCUGGCUGUCACUAGAUGCCGUGUGGAGUCGCAAAGGAUCACUAUUAGUGCGAGCGGCUGGCGUUUAGCUAUGCGUCUUUUCUUACCUAUUCACCUUCUUACUUUCCUCUACAGACCAUGUGGAUACUGCGUACAUAUUGAAGCUCUCUAUCUUACUUUGAAAAUACCAUUCUACCAUCCUAGCUCUCCUCUCCGCUUUUGUGCCUACUACAACCCUGUCCUGCUUCCAGGACUCCGUGAUUCGGCCCAGUGCACCAACCUCGUUUUCAGCCUCACUGGCCUUCCAACUCAGAGCCGGAGGAUAGAAGGCGGUGGCUUCGAUCUGAAACUCUCUUUGGCAAAUCGCAUUCUCUGUUGGUCUUCCGCUAUUGGUACGUCAAUAAGCUUUCAAUCAAGCUUCGCACACCAUGGUACGAGCAUCAGGGUCCCCAGCUAACUUUCUGCAGACGAGGCCUCAGGCAACGAUAUCAUCCCCACCAAACCUCAACUGCAAUUGGCUGUGGAGCUUUGGGAAGACGCCGCGUGGAUCGCGAAUCUCAG